AUGCCGCUUUUAAUUUCGGCUGCGCUUCUUGCAAUUGGGUUAACAUUGGUCAAUGGGAGUGCUUCAAAUAGUCAUGGGUCAAUCAAGAACUUGAACCCCGGGCACUCUGCGGAGACCACUGGCAGACAGCCCAAUUUUGUCUUUAUCAUGACGGAUGAUCAAGACUUACAUCUUCACUCAUUGGACUAUAUGCCAAAGCUGCAGCGCCUCAUUGGUGACGAAGGCACGGUCUUUGAGCGCCAUUUUUGUACAAUUGCUGUCUGCUGUCCGUCGCGGGUGAGUUUGAUGACUGGCAAGCUGGCGCAUAAUACCAACGUCACCGAUGUUUAUCCUCCAUAUGGCGGGUACCCCAAGUUCAUCGCAGAAGGCCACAAUGAUAAUUACCUGCCCAUCUGGUUGCAAGAUGCAGGCUAUAACACCUACUACACGGGAAAGUUUCUGAACGCACAUUCAACCUCCAACUAUAACAAUCCAUAUCCUAAAGGUUGGAACGGUACAAAUUUCCUGCUGGACCCAUCAACAUACAGCUACUGGAACUCCACUUUCCAACGCAACCACGAUAAACCCGUUGUAUCCGAUGGCUACUCAACUGAUCUAAUCUCACGCCAUUCUCUGGACUUCAUCAAAGAGGCCCAUGCUUCCGAUCGCCCGUUCUUCCUCGGAAUUACUCCCAUUGCACCGCAUGCGAAGACGGCUGAGGUAGAGGGAUCAUCUAUCCCAGCCUUCACCGAUCCUCAAAGCGGUGCCAGUUGGAUAUUGGAUCUGCCCCAGCUUAACACUAGCGAGGUUACCUAUAUGGAUGGGUAUUACCGCCACCGACUUCAAUCUCUCCAAGCCGUUGACGAUCUUGUUGAGAGUGUGGUCAACAAACUCAAGGACUACGGUCUGCUGGGUAAUACCUAUAUCUUCUACACAUCCGACAACGGAUACCAUGCCGGGCAGCAUCGAAUGGUUCCAGGCAAAGGCUGUCCCUACGAAGAAGACAUCAAUAUUCCUAUGAUAGUGCGUGGGCCCGGAGUUCCUAAGGGCCGAAAGGUUGAUUUUGUCACGUCGCAUACCGACAUUGCAGCGACUUUGUUCGAUUUGGCUGGUAUACCCUUGAGAGAGGACUUUGAUGGAAUCCCGAUGCCCUUGACAGUUUCGGAAAUGCGAGGCGCAAAAUCUGAUCCGCGGAGAGAGCACGUUUCUGUUGAGUACUGGGGUUCGAAUCUCCAGGAGGGUGAUAUCGGCCGUGUUUCGCCGACGGGCGCUGGGGUGGUGUAUUAUAAUAAUACCUACAAGGCUAUGCGGGUUAUUGGGGACUCUUAUAAUCUUUUCUAUUCUGUUUGGUGUACUAAUGAGCACGAACUUUACGACUUGACAAAUGACCCAUACCAGAUGCGAAAUCUCAUCAAUAGCAAGAACAGGCUACUAGGUCGAGAUAUAAAGAAAGUGAUAUCUCGAUUAGACGCCCUCCUGCUUGUCCUUAAGAGCUGCAAAGGCUCGGACUGUACACUCCCCUGGCAGGUACUACAUCCGAAUAAAAAGGUCACCAGUCUCUCCGAGGCACUGAGCCCGAAGUACGAUAAAUUCUACGCUGCGCAGCCGGAUAUCAGCUUCUCGGCUUGUGAGCUGGGUUAUUUGCCGGGAUCGGAGGGGCCGCAGGAGGGGUAUGCGUAUCGACGGGAUGGGGAUUGGAGUUAUUGGGCCUAG